AUGGCUGUGCCAAACUACUCCAUUCUCCCAGUCGUGGAGGCCGAUCUCCCAUUCCUCGCCAAAUUUAUCCACGCCUCGAAGCUCCGCCUCAGUAUCAACCGCCUUUUAUUCGAGAAUUGGCCAAAUGAAACUAUUCAAAUGAAAAUGUACACGGGGGCUGUAACUUCCGGGUUCAAAGACCCUGCCACAGAGUCUUUCAAGGCGGUCGAUACCGAAUCGAACGAAAUUAUCGGUUACUUCGUCCUAGCUCGCAAGCGACCGGCACAGGACCUGCCGGAAUAUGAACUUGGUGCAAAUCCUGACCAGGGAACCCCGAAGGGUUUGAAUCCUUCUCUGUUCGCUGAGGUUAUGACUGCAUCUGCGGAAAUUGCAAAGGCGACCGAAAACAAGGACUUUUUGGAUUUGGUUUAUAUCUGUGUGGAGCCGCGGUUUCAGAGACAUGGAGUUGGAGCGAAGUUGAUUCAGCUUGGCUUUGAUCGGGCAAGGGCGGAAAAUAUCCCUUUCGCGCUCUGUGCAGAGGCACCAGCUCAUGGGUUUUAUGUCAACUUGGGAUUCCAAGAAACUAAACGUGCGGACAUUGAUCUCUCAAAGUAUGCUCCAGCGUAUAGUGGGUUUGGAGUCUUCAGAUUGACAGGAAUGAUCUGGUAUCCUUAA